CACGAGUGCAACCCUUUAGAGGAGGCGCCGAAGAACCGAGCAGAGGCAGUCGCGCUACCUGGAAUGCACUCCAGUCAGGUGCGAGACCAGCACGCGAGCAGUUCGUGACGCUCGUUUUGCACUUUACUAUGCGGUACAAAGACUUGGUUUGCGACUGCUGCAGCGGCUCAGGUGCACAUUAGCGAAAAAUGCGAUCGACCACCUUAGCCAAGGAUAAACUUAGUCCAGGGAGCACCCUUCUGUCCCCGAUUAGUGACGGGGACAAACUCGAAUUGGAAGAUUACAUCUACGAGAUGCAGCGACGAAACGAAGAAAUCGCCGCCGAGGGCAACAACGACGACGUCUACGCGCAGUUGGCCCAGAAGGAAAAGGACCUCAUCCUUGCUGCAGAGCUGGGAAAGGCUCUACUCGAACGGAAUCAGGAACUCACCAGGCAAAACGAGACCCUGAAUGAGGAAUUUCGACAGCAACAUGAAGCUUUGGAGCAGCAAAAGCACUCUCUUCGCCGGCAGAUGACCAAUCUGGAAUCGGAGAGCGAAUCCAAAAUAAUUGAACUGACAGCGGACGUCAAAGAACUGAAGGCCCAAGUGGCCAGGAGGGAAGAGGCCCUAAAACAAGCCGAGUCUGAAAAAACCAGACUUGUUUCUGAAUUGACUGAACAAAAUUUGAGACUCACCGCUCAACUGAAAGAGUCUCGCAGACGGGAGGAGCGACUGUCGUCUCAGCUUACGGCUGCUCGUGAGCAAUUUUCCUUGCGCAAAACCAGCCUUCAGGAUCACGAGAGUCAUGCCGAGAUUCUGCGGGAGGAGCUUGACCUAAUGAGUGAUAAGUGCGACGAGCUGGAACGCCAGGUUACAGACCUGAUGGAAGAGCGUGCUUCCUUGCAGUCUGCGCUGGACGACGCGAACGAGCGGUCUCACAUGUUGGAGAAACGCUUUCGCGACCACGAGCACCAGCUCCGACACGCUCAGAGGGACAGCUCAGACCUCAGGACACCUGUUUCGAGAGUCAGAGCUUCGCCGUCGCCGGUUUCAGCGGGUCAGAGGUCACUGCUCAGUGAAAUGGAGACUUCUAGUGAUGAUGACCUGCCACCAAACUUGUCUCCGCCGCUAACAGUUCUUGAGUUUGAUUACGAAUGGGAAUACGACUUUGUGCUUCAAAGAGAAGCUCUCUCUGCCUGGCGCGCCCUUCGUGGUCUCUGCAGGGAGUUGAGAAAAGGAGAGAAGGACCUGAACAAAAGCGGACAGAACAGCAUAGAUCACCUGAGCACAAGUAGUUCAGGUUGCAGUUCUUCUUCAGAGGGCGAGGAGGAUGAAUGUGAUAUGCACGAGGACGAGGGGCUUGGUUCCCUGAAGGCUGGAAGAUUGUCGAGGGUGGUUUCCAAGCUGUGCCGACUCGUCCGAGAAGGUGGAGUCGUGUCAGGUCCCGAACUGCUAAGUUUGCAAGCCGAGCUCCACAGAGCCAAGGAGUCACUGGCUGAGGCGGGAAGAAUGCUCGAAGAGAGAGCAGCCCAACUAAGGCGUAACAACUAUGAGACCAUGCAACUCCAGAGCAAAUUAGGAGUCUCAGAGGCACAACUUUCCGCAACCAUAGAAGAGAGGGACUUGGCUCGGGCGGACCGCAAUGCGUCUGGCGACGAUGCAUUGCAGGAGGCCAGAAAAAUGAGGGACAGUGCUGUGUCCGCCAGGCACAGGGUUGAGGUCGAUCUGGCUGGAGCUAGGAUUGAGAUCAUGCAGGUCAACAGUCAGCUGAUGGAAGCCGUUCAGCAGAAGAUUGAGCUGUCUCAACAGCUUGAGCAGUGGCAGAUGGAUAUGCAACAUUUGCUGGAUGACCAAAUGAGGAACAAACUCACAGAGCAGGAGAAGUUGAGGAGGAGCGGCCAGGAUGGCGGCGACGGUGACCUAACCCCAGAGAGACCCCCGCGGAAGUCAACUAUGCGCCUCUUGUCUCUUUUCUCGCGAUAAGAGAACCAUUAAUAAGAACAAGAGGAUUCUCUCAAUUCACUUAGAACGUGGUGUCUAGGCAGGGUUCCCAAAGUCCAAAUUGAAUACCAUCAAAGUAAUCUUUUUGCUUUGUAAGAUUGAAAUCCAGGAUCGGCUUGAAUUCAGCAGCGCAAGUUCUUAAAAAGCAAAAAAGUGUUAAACUUUUCUUCUAAUCAAAAUGUAUAAUAAAGUUGAUGAGAGCUGAAAUGCAUAGUUGCAUUGCUCGGGCCGUUGAUUCAAGUGGAAAGUCGUGAAUUUUAGUGUUACAACAGCAGGCCUUAAAAUGUGUGAUAAUAUGGUAUUCCGAUAAGGAUCAACUCACUGAACGGAUUUUAAAAGUGUUAACCAUUAAGUUUUAAAACCUGUUUCCUAAUCAGAGGCGAAUAUUUAUUUUAAGAUGUAUCACAAAAUGUACUUAAAACAUUGGUUAGUCUCAAACAUAUUAUGUAAUUUGGUUGCUUCUAAAGAAACCAACAAGAACAUCUCUAACACAGUUUCAACAAGGUAGAUUAUUACGUUUAACUUGAUUAUUUAAAUGUUGACUUAAUCGCUCUUUAACAAAUUGAAAAUAAAACUUGUAUGAAAAUUGUUAA